AUGCAUCACUUAGUGGGAGGGUUUAAACCCUGUGGAGGGAAAGCUGCACAUGUGGGUAAGACAUUUCUGCGUAGACAACAGCGGAACAAAACCUUCGACGAGAGCGAACGGUUCUUCUUCGACCAGAUGCAUAAGGAAUGGUGGAAUGAUCAAGCGAAGGAGAAGCAAACAUGGUGUGAUAUACUACAGAAAAUCGCAGGGGGGAAGACCUACAGCCUUCACGAUUAUAACAAGCACAGGUUCAACUUUCUCUGCAAAAAUUAUGAGUUCCUUUUUUUCGAGAAAAUGAAAAAAGAGGGACUAGAGGAGAAAGACAAAAAAAACGACAUCACGAUAAACAUUCUGGAUGUAGGUUGUGGCGGAGGAAUAUUAUGCGAAUACAUGCGGAAGAACAUUCCCUAUUUUUUUCUCAAGAGGGAUAUAGUAGGGCGAGAUGCACGCUGCAAUAAUGUGUCCGGGAGGAGCGUUCACAUAAACAUCGAGGGGAUUGAUGUAUCGAGUAAGUUGAUAGAUGUGGCGCGGAGAAGACAACAAGUUGAAGGAGCAGACUACAUUGGCAUGGGUCAUUUGGGAGAGGAAAAUCCUCCCCACAUCUACAGCACAAGAAAAAUGAACCCCGAAUCAUUCAAUCAGGAAAAAGAAGCUAACUCGGCGAAUAACCAAAAAGAGAACAACCCAUCGAACAACUUAAAUGUGCACAUAAAUCAGAGGUACUAUAACUGUGACAUAACUGACCUAACAAAAAGAAGUAAGAGAGAUGGAAAAAAAUAUAACAUCGUGGUGUCGUCUGAAGUGAUUGAGCAUGUUCCUAAUGGGAAAAAGGAGGAGUAUGUCAAGUGUAUCAGUCAGUUAUGUUCUCCCGAAGCACUGGUUGUCUUUACAACGAUUGAUAAAAAUUUGAUGUCCUACUUGUAUUCUAUUGUUUUAGCUGAAUAUGUCACGGGAAUGGUGAAAAAGGGCACACACAACUACGACCAGUUUAUCGGAUCAGACGAGCUGAGCGAACUCUGCGCCCUCUUUGACUUACAGAACAUCAGCACAGAGCAUGCGGUGUACAUCCCCUUUGUGCGAGAUUACUUUUCCACGCGUUGGCUCAAGUUGCUUUAUUUGUCCGCUUUCGUUUAUAGGGGGGGAGCCACCCUGAUGAGUGGUUAA